UCGGGGCUGAGGGCGCUCGCUGGUGGUGAAUCUGCAGGCGGCUGCGGUGGCGGGGCACCGCGGCCGGGUCGAAUCCCAUUGGGAGCCAUGAGUGUGGACAAGGCUGAGCUGUGCGGGUCUCUGCUCACCUGGGUAGGUCUGGGGUGGGGCCAGGGUCAGGUGUGCGCCCGCUCUUUUCUCCCGGGAGCCCCGGCCUUGGCUCUGUCCACUCCUUCGUCCUGGGGCUGGGAGGAGGAAGGGUCGUCUGCUUGAGGGGCCGUUGGACUCUGGCCUGAGCACCUCGCCCCCGUCGCGUGGCAGGUCUGCGUGGAAAGAACAGCUGCAGACAUUCCACGUCCCGCCACCCUGUACCAGUCCCCAGGACCUGAGCAGUGGCCUCGCCAUAGCCUAUGUGCUUAACCAGAUAGACCCUUCCUGGUUCAACGAGGCGUGGCUCCAGGGCAUCUCAGACGACCCAGGUCCCAACUGGAGGCUGAAGGUCAGUAACUUGAAGAAAAUCUUACAGAGCCUGAUGGAGUAUUCCCAGGAUGUCCUGGGGCAUCCCAUUUUGGAGCAACACCUUCCAGAUGUGAACCUCAUUGGCGAGUUCUCAGACCCAGAAGAGCUUGGCAAGCUCCUUCAGCUGGUGCUAGACUGUGCCAUCAGUUGUGAGAAAAAGCAGGAGCACAUCCAGAGAAUCAUGACGCUGGAAGAAUCAGUUCAGCAUGUGGUGAUGAAAGCCAUCCAGGAGCUGAUGACCAAAGACACUCCUGACUCCUUGUCACUGGAGACAUACGGGAACUUUGAUAACCAGUCCCGCAGGUACUACUUCCUAAGUGAAGAGGCUGAUGAGGGGGAUGAGCUGCGGCAGCGCUGUCUGGACCUGGAGCGGCAGCUGGUGCUCUUGUCAGAGGAGAAGCAGAGCCUGGCACAGGAGAAUGUGGCACUGCGGCAGCAGGUGGGCCAGCCUGAGGGUGAGGGUGCCCCCGGCCUCACAGCCAAGAAGCUGCUGCUGUUGCAAUCCCAGCUGGAGCAGCUGCAGGAAGAGAACUUCAGGCUGGAGAGUGGCAGGGAGGAUGAGCAUGUGCGCUGUGCUGAGCUGGAGCGGGAGGUCACCGAGCUGCAGCAGCGGAACCAGGAGCUAACCAGCCUGGCCCAGGAGGCUCAGGCCCUGAAGGAUGAGAUGGAUGAGUUGCGGCAGUCCUCUGAACGCGCGGGGCAGCUGGAGGCCACGCUGAACAGCUGCAGGCUCCGCUUGGGCGAGCUGAGGGAGCUGCGGCGGCAGGUGCGGCAGUUGGAGGAGUGCAACGCUGGCCACGCCGAGCGCACGCGGCAGCUGGAGGACGAGUUGCGCCGGGCUGGCUCCCUGCGCGCCCAGCUGGAGGCGCAGCGGAGGCAGGUUCAGGAACUGCAGGGCCAGUGGCAGGAGGAGGCCAUGAAGGCAGAGAAAUGGCUUUUUGAGUGUCGCAAUCUGGAGGAAAAGUUCGAGUCGGUGACAAAGGAGAAGGAGCGGCUGUUGGCAGAGCGGGACUCCCUGCGAGAGGCCAAUGACGAGUUGCGUUGCACCCAGCUGCAGCCGCGGGGGCUGACCCAGGCCGACCCCUCAUUGGAUCCUACCUCACCUGCUGUGGAAAACUUAGCAGCCGAGAUCCUACCUGCAGAGCUCAGGGAGACGCUCCUGCGGCUUCAGCUGGAGAACAAGCACUUGUGCCAGAAGGAGGCGGCCGACCGGGAACGGCAGGAGGAGCUGCAGCGCCACCUGGAGGAGGCCAACCGCGCGCGCCACGCGCUUGAGACACAGCACCGGCUGAACCAGCAGCAGCUGUCGGAGCUGCGGGCCCAGGUGGAGGACCUGCAGAAGGCCCUGCAGGAGCAGGGGGGCAAGACUGAGGACUCCAUUUCCACCCUGCUGAAGAGGAAGCUGGAGGAACAUCUGCAAAAGCUGCAUGAGGCAGACCUGGAGCUGCAGCGGAAACGGGAAUAUAUUGAGGAGCUGGAGCCACCUGCUGAUAGCAGCACAGCCCGUCGAAUUGAGGAGCUGCAGCAUAGCCUUCAGAAGAAGGAUGCAGACUUGCGGGCCAUGGAAGAGCGGUAUCGCCGCUAUGUGGACAAGGCACGCACGGUCAUACAGACCCUGGAACCCAAGCAGCGGCCACCUGGAGGGGCACCCCCAGAACUCCAUUCCCUGAGGACACAGCUCCGGGAGCGGGACGUUCGCAUCCGGCACUUGGAGAUGGACUUUGAGAAGAGUCGGAAUCAGCGGGAGCAGGAAGAAAAGCUACUCAUCAGUGCCUGGUAUAAUAUGGGUAUGGCUCUGCAGCAGCGAGCUGGUGAAGAAUGGGCACCCGCCCAUGCCCAGUCAUUCCUGGCACAGCAGCGGCUUGCCACUAAUGCUCGCCGUGGACCCCUGGGACGCCUAAUGCCUCUGAACGUGCGCCCCACUGAUAAGCACUGAUGGACCUCAGAAUCCUGCCCCCUGCCCAGCCAGUCAGGGCUUAAUCCACCCUGGAUUCUCCCAACUCACAUGGGGCUGAACAUCAUGCCUUGGUCAUGUGCUUGAGAACCUUGAGGUCAUGACCUCUGUCCUUUACUCUCCCAGAUUGGGCAAGAAUGUAGGACUGAGAUGGAGGAAGGUACGGGUCUGUUCUUUUUAGCAAUGUGAUUCUUAGCCUUGAUUUUCUCCUUGGGGUUAAUGAGCUGCCAGAGGAGAGAGUGAUUUUAUACUUGAAAGAUUAAAUAAAGACAUUCAGUCUCCCCUGGCUGGACUCUGGGCACUGAGGGGAGAAAAGAUGGGCCAAGGACUUAGACCCUUGUUUUUCA